GAAGAGCUCUUACUUCAGGCUUACCAUGCAGUUUUUCUCAUAAAUCUCUUCUAGUCUUCUCUCUCAGUUACUCUUGAGAAGGGUUCUGUUCUUUUUUUUUUUUUGCCUAGAUUCACCAUGCUGUCAUUUGGAGAAUGAAAUGGGUAAUUCAAGUCUAGAAGAGAACCUUUGAGACAGUUCUUUAUGUUGUUAUUGUAAUUCUUCUCUUGACUGGAAAAGUUUAGGACCUGUCUCCCACCUCCCCACAGGAAACUGUUCAAUUGUCUCUUCUUUUGAUUAAGUAUCUUGUUAUCAUUCCUCAGAGUACAUGUCAAAAGUUGGUCUAUAAUAUGAAUAAAAAAGUCCAUGGGAACCUUCAUGCUUCUUAAUCUAAUAUAUUCCACAGCACCUUCUAAUUACUAUUUCUGCUUGCUUCUUUUCUUGUUCUUUCCUUGAGAGAGGUUUUCUGACCCAGAGAAUUGGCUGGUUUCAGUUAUAGCUCAAAACUGAACUGUUAUCUGCACAGCUUCCUGCUGCUAAAUACUUGCAGUGUUCUCUCUCUCUCUCUCUGUGUGUGUGUGUGUGUGUUUGUAGAAUUGCUCUCAUAUUCUCAUGUCUCUCUAACCUGGUAGUCCCAGGUAUCUGAGAUCAAAUUCAAGAAUCUACUUUAGUUCAUCUACAACUCUUUGACUUUACUUAAAAAAUUGAAUUGAGAAUCCACACAAGGUUCUUCAGGAUCUCCACUGUCCCAAAUUCCAAUUUUCUACUGCCUUUCUAUUGAAAUAAAAAUUAGCAAGUGGGUUCAUUUUCUUUUUUCUUCCCUUGAUUUACAAUCCCAAGGAUUUCAGACCCAAAAAAUUCCAUAUCUGCUUUCAGUUUGUUCUGGUCUCCACAUCUCAAGAAGUUAAAAAAAAACAAAAAAAGAAAAAAGAAAAAGAAAAAGAAAAAGAAAUUAGCACGGAGAUGGAGAGAAUGGAUCUUUAUGGUCAUGGAGGGGUCCCAAGUCCAAUAACUAGCAAAUAUGCUGGUGCUCAUGGCCAAAACCUCUCAAAGGACACUCCCUCCUUCUACUCAUCAUCAUAUGGUCCUCCUCCUCUUCCUCCUCUCUCCACAAACCCCACAGAGGCUCAGCAGCCCACAACCCACAGCACUAAGAAAGGAGGGGCAGUGGUGAUGUAUAGGGAAUGCCUCAAGAACCAUGCAGCGUCCAUUGGUGGUAAUGCCACUGAUGGGUGUGGUGAGUUCAUGCCCAGUGGUGAAGAGGGCACCCUGGAGGCCCUCAAGUGCUCAGCCUGCAGCUGCCACAGGAACUUCCACAGAAAAGAGAUUGAAGGUGAGUGCCACCACCAUCACCUCAAGGAAACAAAAUUUGUGGGCUACAAGGGCGUCCUCAUCUCAGGGCCUGAGGCCUUUGGCUACAACCACCCAGCAAACCACUGUCUCAUCCCAAGUCCAUUGCCACACCAAAUGGUCAUGCCUUUGGGUGCUCUCAUGGCCUCAGAGUCAGAUGAGAUGGAUGGAGUGGGAGGGGCAAGAGCACCCCCCAUGGGGAAGAAGAGGGUCAGGACCAAAUUUGCUCCAGAACAGAAGGAGAAGAUGCUGAGCUUUGCUGAGAGGAUUGGGUGGAGGCUCCAGAGGCAGGAGGAGAGUGUGGUGGAGCAGUUCUGCCAAGAGAUUGGGGUGAAUAGAAAAGUUCUCAGAGUUUGGAUGCACAACAACAAGCACAACUUGGCAAAGAAAGAGCUGCCCCCAGCUUGAGUGACCAAAGAUUUCAUUCCAGUCCCAACUCUCUCUUUACUCUCUGUGGGUCAAAAAGGAGUUUAUAUUUGUUAUUGCGGAUUAGAGAGGUGAGAUUAGAUGGUAGGCGUAUGACAUUCAUCUUUGUUUGUGUUAGCUUUGGUGCAUUUUCUUAGUUUCUUUGCUCUGAUUGGCUUGUUGAUCUGGGCUAGAGAGUUUAGUAGGUCUGAGAUAUGGAUACUCUUACCACUUUCAUAAGUGGUUUAGGCAAUGCGUUUUUCUUUUCCAUGGACUCUGUACUUAAAGAAAGGAGGACAGUCCUCCAAUGGCUGUUCAUUCUC